GCUGUCGAUGCCAAAGCGCGGAGCCACGACGCACGAGAAGGUGGUCCUCCGAUGGCCCGUCUCGGAGCCGUUCGUGUCAGAGGUGUUGGGUGCCCGGGGCGCCGCUUUGCAGUUUGAGACCACCGACCAGCGGUUCCACUUCCUCAAUCUGCACAAGUAUGGCCGCGAAGGCCAAUUGCUGUGCCACAUUUGGGGCGACUCGAGAUGGGAGGAGCAUGCUGUUCUGAGCGACGAAGAGGUUGUCAUGGAGGUGGUUCGUGGGCUACGUGCGAUGUUUCCAGCAAAGGCUGGAGCAGAUGACGGUCGUCAAGCGCAGGACGACUUGCCCUUCCCUCCGCUGUGGAAGGUCACCCGCUGGUCCCUGGAUCCAUUUGCUCUCGGAGCUUAUACCGAGUUCCAGGAUCCCAAGGCGAGCGAGGAUGACCGCGACAUCUACGCGAGACCGGAAGGUCGCCUUUUAUUCACCGGCGAAGGUGCCGUUCCGGGCCAUGUGGGCGCGCAGUGCACUCAUGGAGCUGUUUUCGGAGGUGCAUCUGCUGCCAUCGCGCUCCUGAGUGAGGGCGUUGGCGCGGCACAGCGACAAAAACAGGAAGAGGAGUCUCCUCGUCUCGGGGAGCUCCUCGGCUCGGGGCCUUUGGGCCUGGACGUGCCGGUUCUCGUGGAGGUCCUGGCCACCGGCCGCUGCAAGGGCCGCAAGCGCCGCAAACCGCCAGCCUAA